UGCCCUUCUUCCUCUCCUCUCCUCUCCUCUAUAAAAUGCCUACCAGCUUCAUCAGAUCACCAAACAGAAACAACUAAAGAAGAAGAAGCAGAAGAAGAAGAAGAAGAAGAGUUUGUUCGAGUAAAAGAUGUCGAGCACAGUCGGCCAGGUCAUCAAAUGCAAAGCUGCGGUCGCAUGGGAAGCCGGGAAGCCGUUGGUGAUCGAGGAGGUGGAGGUGGCUCCUCCGCAGGCGCAAGAGGUUCGCCUCAAGAUCCACUACACCUCUCUCUGCCACACCGAUGUCUACUUCUGGGAAGCCAAGGGCCAGACUCCUCUAUUCCCUCGCAUCUUCGGGCACGAGGCAGGAGGAAUCGUGGAGAGUGUGGGAGAAGGCGUGACUGACCUCGCUCCGGGCGACCAUGUCCUCCCCGUCUUCACCGGGGAAUGCAGACAAUGUGCUCACUGCAAGUCCCCCGACAGCAACAUGUGCGAUCUCCUCAGGAUAAAUCCUGACAGAGGAGUCAUGAUAGGUGAUGGCCAAGCAAGAUUCUCCAAAGACGGGAAGCCUAUCUACCAUUUCCUCGGAACCUCCACUUUCAGCCAGUACACCGUCGUUCACGUCGGCUGCGUCGCCAAAAUUAACCCCUCCGCUCCGCUCGAUAAAGCUUGUGUCGUCAGCUGUGGCAUCUCGACAGGUUACGGUGCUUGUGUCAAUGUUGCAAAGCCUCCGAAAGGUUCAUCAGUCGCUGUCUUCGGCCUCGGAGCUGUGGGACUUGCAGCUGCUGAAGGGGCAAAAGCUUCGGGAGCAUCAAGGAUAAUCGGUGUCGAUCUCAAUGCUAGUAGAUUUGAGCUAGCUAAAAAGUUCGGUGUGACUGAGUUUGUGAAUCCGGCGGAUCACAAGAAACCAGUUCAAGAGGUGAUUGCUGAAAUGACUAACGGGGGAGUCGACCGGAGCAUCGAGUGCACCGGCAACGUGAAAGCCAUGAUCUCGGCCUUCGAAUGCGUUCACGAUGGCUGGGGCGUGGCCGUGCUCGUCGGGGUGCCGAACAAAGACGACGAGUUCAAGACGCAUCCGAUGAACUUCCUCAACGAAAGGACUCUGAAAGGGACGUUCUACGGCAACUACAAGCCUCGCACCGACAUCCCGGGCGUCGUCGAGAAAUACUUGAACAAGGAACUGGAGUUGGAGAAAUUCAUAACGCACACGGUGCCCUUCUCCGACAUCAACAAGGCUUUCGACUUGAUGCUGAAAGGGGAAGGCCUCCGCUGCAUCAUUAAGAUGGAUGACUAGAGUCGGAGUCCCAGUUUGAAUGUUUCCAAAUAAAAAUAAUGUUUUCUAUCUGAUUGAUAAAUAAGAGUGUCUUGAUUGAGGCAUAGAAGCCAUUUCAGUAGUUCUAUAAAAUAAUAAUUUAAUAUCUGACUUAA